UUGAAUCCCAUUUCUCUCUAUCUUGGCAAUAAUAAUGAUAAUGUGAAGUUGAGAAGAUAUCUUUGCACCUCAGUAAAGAUCCCAAACUCACCCGUUUCGUCUUCUAUCUCCGAUGACUUCACAGAGAAACGCGUUGGAAGUGGUUGGACUCUAGAACGUUGUUUUUUUUAAGUCUUGAAGACUUUUGGAGCUCUCCUACUUCUUCUCAACAGAUCUGGUGUUACUCUCUCUACGGCAGAGAACUGUUGAAGAAAUGGGCAAAAAAGCAAAGUGGUUUUCCAGCGUUAAGAAAGCUUUCAGCCCUGAUUCUAAGAAGUCGAAACACAAAUCGCCUGAUAGCCCAAAUGGUCUGAUCUCUAACCCUCCUCCUCCUCCUCCUCCUCUUGAGGUUGAGGUGGUUGUUGACCGGUACAGCAAUCUUUCCCCUCCUUCAACAGAUGCUGUGAAUGUUGAUAUUCCUGUAGUAGUAGUCCCUUCUUCAUCUGCUCCUCCUGAGGUCGUUCGUCGUCGUCGUCGUGCUACUGCUACUCGGUUUGCUGGGAAGUCAAAUGAAGAAGCGGCAUCAAUCUUGAUUCAGACUGUAUUUAGAGGCUAUUUGGCGAGAAGAGCACUGCGGGCAAUGAGGGGUUUGGUCAGGCUUAAGUUAUUGAUGGAAGGAUCUGUUGUCAAACGUCAAGCUGCAAACACUUUAAAAUGUAUGCAGACACUCUCUCGUGUUCAGUCACAAAUCCGAGCUAGGAGAAUCAGGAUGUCCGAAGAGAAUCAAGCUCGCCAGAAACAGCUCCUUCAGAAGCAUGCCAAAGAGCUUGCUGGCUUGAAGAACGGGGAUAACUGGGAUGAUAGCAUCCAGUCAAAGGAAAAAGUUGAAGCAAAGUUGCUGAGCAAGUACGAGGCAACUAUGAGAAGGGAAAGAGCAUUGGCCUAUGCAUACUCUCAUCAGCAAAACUGGAAGAACAAUUCUAAAUCUGGAAACCCGAUGUUCAUGGACCCGAGCAAUCCGACAUGGGGUUGGAGCUGGUUAGAGAGAUGGAUGGCUGGUCGGCCAUUGGAAGAACCAAACAAUGACACAAAAUCUAUAAACCGCAAGAACUCAACUCAACCAAACACACCAUCAUCCGCAAGAGGUGGUACUACUCCAAGAAACAAGAACAGUUUCUUCUCUCCUCCAACCCCCUCAAGGCUAAACCAUUCCUCCAGAAAAUCUAAAGACGAGGACGACGCCAAAAGCACAAUCUCUGUCCUAUCCGAGAGGAACCGUAGACACAGCAUCGCUGGUUCAUCAGUCAGAGAUGACGAGAGCCUUGCUGGAUCACAGACUCUCCCGAGCUAUAUGGUACCAACCAAAUCAGCUAGAGCCAGGGUCAACAAGCCGCAGAGCCCAUCAAGUGGUAGUACCAGACAGCAGGAUGGAGACAAGGCAUCGGCUAAGAAACGCCUCUCUUAUCCGAGUUCACCUGCAUUGCCUAAACCAAGACGGUUCUCAGCUCCGCCUAAGGUGGAAGUCGGCGUGACCAAUAAUGGAGUAGGAAGCUGAGAUAUUUACUGUUACUGUUUUCUUUAAUAUAUUUAUUUAUUACCAAUUUAUGGAUCUGUCCGAGAUGAGUUGUAUCAUGUUUGUUAUGUGUUCCCCUUUAUCAGUUAGUUGGUAAUUCAUUUGUGCAGCAGUGGAAGCGCCUGUCAUUUAUUUAUUUUACUACAAAAAUUUAUUAUUCGA